UCAUUUCCGGUGGUGUGAUGGCGGUGGAUUUGACUCCGCGAUUCAGAAGACUGAACAGUCAAACAUGUUUCAAAGACAACAAACAACUGUCAGGUGUCUCUGGGCCUUUCAAGGCCACUCAACUGUGGCAGAACAUCAUUGAGGCCUUGCAAUCGCAGGUGGAGCUCAGACCCCGCAGACAGCACCUGCGCAUCCAUCACAACUGCUUCACUGGUUCUGAUGCUGUAGACGUGGUUCUGAGCCACCUCAUGCAGAACAUUUACUUCUGUUCCAGUGAGGUGUCCCGUCUCAAAGCUGCCAAACUCUGCCAGGCAUUGAUGGAGUCUAGAGUGUUUGAACCCAUUGGUAUGAAGCUCUUCAGGAAAGAGAAGGAAAUGACCUUUGAGGAUUCCAGCUGCAGCCUCUAUCGCUUCUUAAAUAGUUGCGAUCCAUAUAAGAAGAGAUACAAUGAAAAUCAUACUCCUGAUAAACUGACUGGAAGGAUCACCACUUCGAAGUUUGGAGAAAGGCAGACCAUUUCCAACCCCUUUGUUCUUGGAUCAUCAGACAGAAGGGUGGAGAGACUACUGAAAAAUAUAAACCUACACCCAUCUGUGCCUUCUGAUCUAAAUCGGGCUGCAUUUUCCAAUGGUUUCCUGUCAAAAAAAGUGGUACGAGAGGUUUGGAAACAACAAGCGUUACUGCAGCUGCUGAAGGUGGUUGAGAUCCCGAUGCUGGACUGUAUUCUGACCUCACCUGCCAAACCUGAGCCUCUGCGGUCAUCACUGCGUAACCAUGGUGACCUGGUUAUCUCCAACACUUGUGUGGAUCGUGAAGUGUCGAAGAGCCUCAACCUGCUGGAGAUGGACUCUUGGCUGAUUGCGGCAGUGGAUUGUCUAGAGCUGUUCCCAGAUCAGUUUAUAGUGGCCGUGAGUGAGCAGCUCAUACAGCAGAAUGCAGCAGUGGAGGAGGAAAAGUUUGCGGCACACAAGAAACUGCUGUUUGACACCAUCGCCAAGUAUUACAAUAGCCCAGAAAGACAACCGCUACUGUCUGGACGCUACACUGACAUCCAGGCUGGAAUCCUGCAUCUCUUGGGUUGUGGAAGAAGUCAAGAUUCCCUAAAAGCAUCUCAACUGUUUCUGCACUUGGUGGAGCCCACAAGCAAGGAUGAAUUACGCAGGCUUUUGGGUUUUAUGGCAGCUGCAGCAGAUAAUAAAGGUUUUAAACUGCAUAAGCAGACUGAGAACCGGGCUUUGGUAAGCAGGACGUUUGUGAAGGCUGUGAUCCAGAAUAAAAAUAUAACGCGUAUCCAAUGUGAGCAGCUCUUGCUAUUCUUCAUGGAUAAUUACACGCAACUCUUCAAGACACCAUCAUCAUUGAUCACGGCUGUGAGGAACACUCUACACACUUUGCAACAGGGGAGGGAUCUGGAUAAUGCAGCAUUGUUUACAUUUUGCCAGCUGGUGUCACUUCAGCAGUAUGAGGACAACAGAGAUAAUGCCACUCAUGCCAGUUUAAAGCAGUUAAUGCACCAUAUCGCUCAAAGCGAUAGCCUAUCCGUCAAACAGAAGAGACGCCUCGCCAAGCAGUUUCAAAAGCAUCACCCAGGAAUCUUUCUUCAGCACUUCUUCUCUACAUUUUAGAAAGUAGAAAACGCUGGAUAAAAUAUGGUUAAAAUAUAUUUUUGACUCUAGCUAAUUUUUAUUCAGUUUUAGGAUGAUGGGAAUUUUACCUGGAUCCCACAUAAUGUAGCAAUCCAAAGAUUAGUUAUAAUUUUUUAACAAUAGACUACUGUGUUUGUAGGAUAGAUUCAGUUGCAGUGCAUCUGUGCAGUGCAUUGAACAAAGAUCACAUUUCACACUAUAAUUGUACAGUUUGUAGGUAAUUUAAAGGUGAGGUGAGUGAAUAUGCUGUUUUAUUAGUUAAUCUAUAACAAAUAUGAUAUGCUCAGGACACAAAAGGUUAGAGUUUUACUCUAGAGUUGCACUUGAAAUGUAAUGGAAAUGAGUAUUGUAUUAACAUACACAUUUAAAGUAUAGAUUCAAUUUAAGUUCCUUGGAACUAUGAUCACUUAUGUUUUUUUAUAAUUCAAUGACGAUUUAAUGAAUAAUGACCUAUAAGGGAUUUAUAGUAAGAUGGGGCAAAAUAGACAGUGUCUGUGUUUAAAGGAUGAUUUUUCAUAAAAACUAAGGGAAGUUUUAAAUGCUCAACUAAUUGUAGCUGCUAAAAUAAUGAUGAUGUACAAAAUGCACUGGAUUUGCUAUGGCGAUGCAUAUCAUUAUUUAUUUAGUGAUUGAAUAUAAAAAUGAUUGGACUUGUUUUACUGGUACUUUGGACUAAUUAUGUAUGCUAAUGCAGUAAUUGCUUUAGGCUUGUAAGAUAAUUUCCUAAAUAAGAUAGCACCUCCCCAAAGGACACUGUAUGGGGGCAAAGUGAGUGCGCGAGAAAAGCCUCUCUCCACGAUUCACAGUGGACUUCCCACUGAGACACAUUUGGGUUUCAAAGACACACCUUUAGGGUGUCAUACAUUUGUAUUCUUUUCUCUAAAAGCAAACUGUAUAUGAAAUGCUACAUGCACAAAGAAUCUAAAAUCUGUAUCUUAUUUGUUUUCUAUUGGAAUGUCUCAUUGCAAGUGGUUACAGGUCUCACUCAUAUAACAACAGAAUUCAAUGUUAAAGUAUAUGUGAAACUUCAUUCAGUGUUGAUAGACACCUCCCUUUCUAAGCAUAAACCAAUCACCCACUGUAUACAGAUUAAGGACAGCCCUUAGUUUUACCAACAACCAAUCAGCACCAAAUUCCUAUAUGCUUUGUUCUCUGGUUAUUUAAGGAGAUGUGUAGAAGAUUUAGGCGGGACUUUCAAUAUCGAGAAAUGCACCCCCAUGAUGCUGUCCUUGCACAGCAUCAUGUAUUGUUAUUUUACUUUGAGGAAUCUGUAACCAGAUCUUCAUCUCAUUACCAGGUAUGCAAUGGGUUUUCGUUUGAUUUUCGUAUUCGAAUUGGAAUGUAAAUUGGCUUCUGAAUUAUGUUUUACCUACCUGGUUAAUAAAUUGUGUUUGGAUUA